AUGAACUCCGUCUUCGCAAGCGCCCUCCGUCCAGCUCCCGUGGGCUUCGCGCUGGGGCUGCUCCUCGUGGUGGCCACUGCCUUCCCCACUGCUCCUUCAGUUUCCAUGAAAGAAGAGCCCCAAGGUGGUGCUACCUCAGAUAAACCCUUCACGCCGGUCAAAAUUGAAUCUACCAUUUCUUACAUCCUCAUGAAGAUCUCCGAUAUCAGAAAGAAGAUGUGCAACUAUGACGCCAACUGCCUGGAUUGCAAGCAAGUACUGUCAGAUGUCAACCUGACCCUUCCACAGCUGACAGAAAGAGACGGAUGCUUCCCGUCGGCACCAAAUCAGGAGAUUUGCCUGAUGAGAAUCACUGCUGGCCUUUUGGAGUUUGAGAUUUACCUAAAGCACCUUCAGAACAAGUUCAAGAGUGAUGAGGAAAACAACAACAUGGACAUUGUGCUGCAGAACAGUCAAACCCUGGUCAAGACCCUGAGGCCAAAGGUCAAGACUACUGAAGAAGCACCCACUCUUGAGCCAGCCACUUUGACCAGCCUAAAGGAGAAUAUGCAGCUGAAGGAGCAGUGGCGAAGGACACAGACAAUCCACUACAUCCUGUGUGGCCUCAAGGACUUCCUGGAGUUCACCCUGCGUGCGGUGCGCCUGAUGUAG